AUGAUGGUAAAGACAAUAACCCUUGCAGCCCUAGCGGCUGUACUCAGCCUCACUACAGCCAUUCAGCAGCAGCCCAUGAGCCCCACGGCAAAUGAAGUUCCUGGAAGCCUCGAGGUCGUAGCCGAUGAGCCAGAAAAGGUCGAGUUCCUAGGAUACGUCAAUUCAACCGACUUGGCAAACGCGGACUGCCCGCAAUUUCCCCGGAAUGGCCAAGACACCAAGGUGGGCGAAGUCUGGGAAGAGAACCCCAAUGACUGGUACGCCCAACCGUUAAAGUGGUGGAAUCACAGACAUGCUUUCGAGCCUGGAUUCUGCAUCGAGACUCGAUUUGGCUGGGACAAGGACACGGGGAGAUGGUUCAAGGCCAACCAUUUACGAGACUCGGCAACCUACUCCGAAUGGUACCUGAGCGACUGGGCGUCUUUUGGGCCCGAUUUUGGUGAAGGCAUCGUUGGCUGGAAUGCUGACAAGGCACGAUGGCAGAUUUGCAGGGGUGAUGUGCCAAGCUGUGGCGGCGGCUCACGGUUCGCCAUGAACAAGAAUGAAUGCAGCAGAUUCAAGAUCAAGACGGGGCGUGUUAUCAUAGCGUGUAAGACGUACACCAAUGACAAUAAUAGGAUCUGCGGCGAGAAGAGCAGGAAGCACCAUGGCCGUAAGAGAUGCGGUACGGGACGGAACUCGCAUUAUUGGUUUGGGACAGAAACGGGAUGUUGGGAGAACUAG